AUGCCUGAGGGUCGUCAGUCUCCUUCUCCUGAGAACCAGAGUGGUCGCCAGCUACAGGAUCCUACUGGAUCUGGAACGGGCGGCCUCGGAAAGACAGAGUACAAGGACCCCAAGAGUCAGCUUGAUAACCUCGUGUCGAACCCCAAGCCUAUCACCGAGGAUAUUCUAAAAGAAAAAUUCGCCAAGGGCUUCAAGAAGGAGUGA